UCACUUUUUUCUCAGUAUCCAAGUGGUAUCAACUAGCAACAAAAAACCCCCCAAAACCCUUAGCACCCAUUUUCAAACCUUCCUCUGUCUCUGUCUCUCUCUCACUUUUUACUGUAUUUUGCAGAAGAAAACAAAAACAAAGAGGGGCCUCUGAGGUUGAAAGUUGUAAACUUGAAAUGCUAAAGAGGAGGAGAAGAAGAAGAAGAAGGAAUGCAGAAGCUUUGUUUACCUCUCAAAAACCCUAGGAACAGUAACACCUUGUUCUUUUCUCUCCCUCUCAAAAACCCCACAAAAACCCUUCUUUCUCGUAGCCUCAAAACUCUUAUUUCAAUGCCCGCUAACGUUUUCCCCAACCCCACUUCUCCUUCUUCUUCUCUUUCCACAAAACCCUUUACUACUAGCACUUCUGGUACUCUAUCCUCUCGCUUCUUUGUCUCUGUAAAGCCUAGAAAUUGCUGUUUAUGCCGCUGCGGAAUCGAUAAAAGACGACCCUUUAGAGCCUGGGUUGUGUUGAAGGAUGGCUUGACAGGGUCCAGGGUGGCGUGGACUCACACGAGCUCUGAUGGGUCGGUGUCAGUUUCAGCUGAAAAUGGUUCGGAGGGUUUGGAGAGUGUUGAUGGAGACGAAGGCGAAAAGGGAUUGGAGGAAAAGCCAGGGAGAGUGAGUGGUGGUGGUGGUGGGAGUAGGAGGCAGAGGAGUUCAAGUGGUGGUGUGGUUGUGGGGAACCCGGAUUUGCUGGCGAUUCCUGGGGUGGGGCCGAGGAAUUUGAGGAAGCUGGUGGAGAAGGGGAUUGGGGGAGUGGCUGAGCUGAAGCAAUUGUACAAAGAUAAGUUCUUUGGCCAAUCUAGUCAGAAGAUGGUUGAGUAUCUACAGAGUUCUGUAGGAAUCAUACACAAAAACCAUGCUGAGAGUAUAACUACGUACAUCAAAGAUAGUGUUGAUGAAGAAUUGAAGGAGGACAGUUCAAACUCAGAUGUAAAGCUGGCCCAGAAGAAACGACUUACUUUCUGUGUUGAGGGAAAUAUCAGUGUUGGGAAGACGACUUUCCUUCAGAGAAUAGCUAAUGAAACACUUGAGCUACGUGAUCUUGUUGAGAUUGUUCCAGAGCCUAUUGACAAGUGGCAGGAUAUUGGACCUGACCACUUUAAUAUAUUGGAUGCUUUUUAUGCAGAGCCUGAGAGGUAUGCCUAUACCUUCCAGAAUUAUGUUUUUGUCACAAGGGUUAUGCAAGAGAGAGAGUCAUCUGGUGGUAUAAAGCCCCUCAGAUUGAUGGAAAGGAGUGUUUUCAGUGACAGGAUGGUGUUUGUACGAGCUGUCCAUGAGGCUAAUUGGAUGAAUGAGAUGGAGAUCAGCAUUUAUGACUCAUGGUUUGAUCCAGUUGUAUCAUGCUUACCUGGGCUUAUUCCUGACGGUUUUAUAUAUCUUCGAGCAAGUCCUGAUACUUGCCACAAGCGAAUGAAGCUACGUAAAAGAGAAGAGGAGGGUGGAGUCUCCCUAAAGUAUCUCCAUGACCUGCAUGAAAAGCAUGAGAGCUGGCUUUUCCCCUUCCAAAGUGGAAAUCAUGGUGUAUUAUCUGUCAGUAAGCUACCCUUUCAUAUGGAUAGCUCAUUACAUCCUGAUAUAAGGGACCGUGUGUUCUAUUUGGAGGGUAAUCAUAUGCAUUCAAGUAUCCAGAAGGUUCCUGCCUUGGUUCUUGACUGUGAACCCAACAUUGAUUUCAGCAAAGACAUUGAAGCAAAGAGGCAGUAUGCACGCCAGGUUGCGGAGUUCUUUGAAUUUGUGAAGAAAAAGAAUGAAGUUCCAUCUACGAAAGCUGGUGAAGGUGCAACUAGUGGCCAGCCACAGGUGCUGAUGCCACAUAACAGUGGACUAUGGGUACCUGAUGGGAAGAAUUUUCCAGAGUCAGCCCUCAAGUCUUUGGAUUUCAGACGGGCCAUGUCGUUCAUGUCAGGCCAGUAAAAUCUUUAGCAUGGUCCUUUUUUCCUGUUAAUUCAAGAAUUGCGUCUGGGGCAUCUGUUUUUGUCUGACGCAUUCUACGCAAUGUGUUUAGGUGCUUCGUUCGUGUAAAAAUGGUUUUAACCCUUAACCCCUCCUAGCGAUGUAGAGAAAGUAGUGGUUGUGGAUUGGCUUUGGUAGUCUGCUGUUUAGUUUGUUGAAGCUUGACUUCUUUGAAUCGAAAAAAGAGUUGCUUUGAUAUUUAUGUAUAUUUGUUUUGCCAA